UUGUGGGGAGUAGCACGAGAUAUUACACAAAAGGCAGUUCGAUUUCGGCGACAUGAUGUUCUUAAAAAACUACAGGAUUUAUUAACUGAAAUACAAGAGGAUAUAUUAGCAAAUGACUCUAAUAAUGACGGUGAGGAGAUGUGUAGUGACAGCAAUAAUGAUAACAAUGAGGAUGAUAAAGAAAAUGAUCUAUUGGCUGAAGUAUCUCUUCAAAACCCCAAGAGGCGUAAACCGAAAGGACGUCCCAAGAGUUCUAAACGAAUCAAACGAUCAGAAGAAUUGAAGCCAGCUAAGCGCCAAAAUCAGUGUGGAAAUUGCGGAGAAUAUGGACACUAUAGGCCUAAAUGUUCAAAAAA